AUGUCGGGUAUGGAGGAUCCCUCGCCCUAUGGGGACUAUAAGUUCGUCGGUCGUGUGGAUCACGUCAAAGUUUUUAAUCAGGCCAUUAAAUCGAUUUGUUUUAAUGAUUAUGGUAUGCUUCAUGUUUCCGAUGAGGGCUUGCGCAUCACUGUUGAGCAGGGAAAGUCUAUCCAGGCAACUCUUUUUAUGCCGCCAACUGCCUUCAAGGAGUUUUACGUACAGGAUUUCCAAAGUUUUGGACUAAAAAUGAACGUAUUGUCGGAGUGCCUCAAUCUCUUUGGAUCCGCCGACUGCAGUUUGAGGAUAAUGUACCGCGAUCAGGGCAGUCCGUUGAAGAUAAUAUUAUACCCGUACGACGAUGAGGAUGUUAGCACUGAGUGCGCCAUCCAAACAAUGGAUUGCGAUGAGCCCAUUGACUACGAUUUAGAGUUAAAAGGUCCAGAUCUAAACGUUAUUUUUGUUCGUGGAUCUAACCUCUCCAAAGUAUUUCACGAAUUGGAGAAGUCCGCGGAGGAAUUUGAGUUUAUUACGUCGCCGGAGAAGCCACACUUUAAGAUCACCACCGUUGGCAUUAUGCAAGCAGUUUUCAGUGUCGAGGUAGCCAAGACCAGUCCUAUGAUGAUGAUGUUUAACUGCAAGAACACAGUGGUAGCUCGCUAUAAAAGCAAUCACAUUAGGCUUACCAAUAAGGCGAUGCAGUCGGCCACUAAAGUGGCUAUAAAAACAAAUUCAAUUGGUCUUUUAGAGCUUCAUCUGGUUAUGCAGGGCGACGGUCAGGAGGAGAUCUUUGUGCAGUUCUACAUCAUUCCUUUGCUUAAUAAUGAAUAAAUUACUUAAUUUUGUUAGAUAUUUAUAGCCGUUCUAGGCCAUAGCAGCUCGACAUGAUGCGAGUCUGAUGCGAGGAAUUCCCUUUUCAGAACAGAAGCUAUAACUACAAUGCUGCCUCCCCUGCGUUUGUUGGUAAAAUCUUUCAUAUCUGUAUAUAAUAUUAUACUACACUGUAUAUUACGUUUCAAUAAAAAUUUGUCAUUAUAAAAAUGACCCUAAGGUUAUCAAUUACAUUUGAAACUGGAACGUUUUCAACGAUGCAUUAAAGAAACCAGAUUUCACAGGCAUCUCUUAUUUAAAUGUGUAAAUAUAUUAUUCCACGGUAAAAAAUAUCUUUUCUCAAUAUUAAAAAGAAAUACUAUAUUACGUUUCAAUAAAAAUUUGUCAUUAUAAAAAUGACCCUAAGGUUAUCAAUUACAUUUGAAACUGGAACGUUUUCAACGAUGCAUUAAAGAAACCAGAUUUCACAGGCAUCUCUUAUUUAAAUGUGUAAAUAUAUUAUUCCACGGUAAAAAAUGUCUUUUCUCAAUAUUAAAAAGAAAUACUAUAUUACGUUUCAAUAAAAAUUUGUCAUUAUAAAAAUGACCCUAAGGUUAUCAAUUACAUUUGAAACUGGAACGUUUUCAACGAUGCAUUAAAGAAACCAGAUUUCACAAGCAUCCCU